CACCGCACACAGAGGACACUUCCCCCUGCACCAGGACGAGCCCCUUCCUCUGCCGCCCGGAGUCAUCAGGCGUGAGCAGACAACUCAGAUCUUCCUCUCCCUCUGUUUUUCGUCACCAGCGGUCAUCCGAACUCCUCAACCGAGACUGUGAGACCAUGGACGCGGCUGCAGUGGUGACUCUUCUGGCUCUGCUUGUGGCGAUGGCCGGCGUCAGUCAGGCCCUUCACAUCCAAGGGGGUCUGGACAAAAAUGAAAUCCCGCCCGGCAGCUCAGAGGAGAUCGUGGCCGACCGCCUGCUGGGACUGGAGAGUGAAAACACAGAUAGCAGCAUUGACGAUCGUCUGCUGACCUCAGUGCUCAGAGCUCUGCUGCUCGGAUCGCAGAGAGAAACCAGGAGCUCAGUCCUCCAUCAGCCACAGAGGUUUGGCCGUGAUUCCAGAGGGCAAGGUGUGAUGGAGGAUCAAAUGCAUCCCCGUAACUGGGAGGGGGCCCCCAGUCAGAUCUGGAGUAUGGCCGUGCCCCAGAGGUUUGGCAAGAAGUAACCUGGCAGGCCGAUCUGCACAUCACUGUCCCGGCACGAGGCCGAGCAGCGGGCAAAUGUGGAGAGACUAAAUUUGAAUGAAUGAAUCUGAAUUAUGUGUAAAACUCUCUGUUCCUUUCAACAUCGCCACAACCCAUGGGGCCCGACUUGACACCCCGUCGUUUACCCACAGAUGACGAGAGCCUCGGUUUCGUCUCUCCCGGUUUUCCAACAACGCAAAGCAUGUAAACUGGUGCCUAUUAAAGUUUUCUGAGCAGACCUCAUCUGUCCUGACUUGAACAACAGUGAGGACCAAAAGUUUUUGCUGUAAAUUUGCUGCAAUAUUUUUGUUAUCCCUUUGU